AUGGUGAAUGGAGGAGACGCUGCUCAAGGACGCGAGCACUGGGUUCAAGCGCUGUGCUGCAGCAGUAGGAUGCAAGCAUGGGUGCGAGAGAGCAGCAAGCUCGCCAUCCGCGGAGGAGGCAGCGAGGAUGAGGAUGUUGAGAAAGUGAAAUCAAGGAGGACAAGGGCCUUUCCCGCAACAGGAGAUCGGCAACAAUCCAUGCCGAAGUUUGAUGCGAGAGAGGCCGGGGAGACGAUGCAAUCAGAUGAAGAUGACCUAGACAUUGAUGAGGUUGACAAGCAAGCAUUGAAGCGAGCCUACCAGGACCAGCAGAAAGACAAGGGGCAGCAUCGAUGCUUGUUGCCGCACGAGCUUCUCAACGCAAGGUCAGGCGGUGUUGAGCGGAGCAGGAGCUCGAGGCCUGUGCUGCUAAGAUUCGAUCAUCCGUCUGCGGAGGCGUUCUGUGAGUUCUGUCGGGAUGUACUUGGGAUGAGGGUGAGCAAGCAUGAGCCACGCGAUCCAGCAAGUCCGUUUGCAAAGAAAGCAGCGAGCAGUCUGGACCACCUGGCAAGAGGCAAUCUUUGGUCAAUAAGUAUUACUGGAGACCCUUUGCAUUGCAUCUUUCAAGUCUACCAGAAGGAAGAGAUCCGCAAGGAAGAUCUUCAGAGUCCCGUCCUCUGCUUUCGGUCUGGAAGUCUGUUCCGGCGAUGCCGCAGCGUGUUUGAGAACGCUCGCCCUAGUCGUGGGGCUGAUUGGUCGAUAAGGCAGUUCAAAGAUCACUGUGCCUUUGUGACUGCCCCCGGACGAAGGAAGGGACCGUCUCUCAAGAAACGACGACCCGCUCCUUGGUGGCUUCAGCAUGGAGCAGCAAGCGUUCAUCUGAACGUUGCUCGUGUUCCAGGCGUCGUCAUCUUCUCUUGCGAUCUGCCAAGCGCUGGAAGGUGGUGGACAACGAUCGGAGGCUUGGGGAGGGCAGCAGUCCCAGCAUGGCUCCCAGCAGGCCUGCUGAGGGUGAGGGUGAUGGAGGCGUUUGUGAAUCCCUCCGGCUCCUUCAACGUUAUCGUGGGGCAAGUCAGCAGGAGGAGGGGAACCGCCGUCACCCUUGCGCUCAGUUGUCCGGGCAUGCGCUUCGACUACGUCAGAGGUGAGCUGUCGGAUGUAGAGCUGAGCAACGGGACGAGCGCUCGGCCCGUCAGCCUCUUGGGAUGCUCCGAGCCCUGUGGGGUCGAGGUAGUUCUUGUGGAGGAGGAGGGUCUGAAGGACUCGCUCGCAUUCUUCCCUUCCUCGGCAUGCUUCAUCCUCAACGCAGCAAGGAGCCUCCCACAGCUGCAGCCGACCGGGAAUGCUUCUCGGGAAUACGAAGAGUCCUCCUCAGACGGCAACUUCCCCUGGAUGGACCUUAGCUCCUCCAGCAGCGAGGAAAGGUACAGGUCGCUCCCACCCAACAUGAGCUACCGGUACUACAACCUGGAGCUGGACAUGGUUGUCGGGAUGAAGGGCAAGCGCACUUCGGAUUUUGCCGACGUCUACGAUCCCGACCGGGAGCUCUCGAAGCACGUCAUCCAGUACUUUGACCUGUGCGCUGCCAGGGGAGCAAAGAUCGUCCGCGCGUACAUGCGGAAGGGACUAUAUCCUCCUCACCUGCGGUGGAGACCGUCGAUGAUCGGCACGCCGAUGGAGAAGUACAAGAAGGAAGAGCUGCCGAAGCUUCCUCCCGCCGAGCUCAGGACUAGACGCUUCCGCUAUUCAUAUGGAGGAGGAGGAGGAGGAGGAGGAGGAGGAGGAGGAGGAGGAGGAGGAGGAGGAGACAUGGAUUUCAACCCCGGAUGGCUCCGAGGGCAACAGAGCCUGCAGAGGAGGUCUCAGACGCCGAGCAGUCUGGCGGAGUACGCGAUGAAGAGGAGGGAGGUGAUGGAGUUCCUGCGGGAUGAAGGCUUGAUCGACAGCCUUGACCCUCCGCUGGAGCAGCUGGAGCAGCUGCUGGAGCCGGACGAGGUGGGGAAGCAGCAGAUGCGUCCAGAGUCCUUCCUGCGUCUCAACGAGAAGCUGCGAGCGAAGUCGAGCUGGUGUGGAACGGGUUUCUUCGGAAUCUCCCACUGCCGCCGGGUCCGUCGGGCAGGGCUGGAGAGGUUAAGGAGGAGCAGGGGGAGGCUGCGAGAACUGCUGGGCAAGUGCGAGGAUGUAGUCCCGACGAGCGAGCAGGAGGGCAGGAAGGCUCGGUUUCUCGUGCCCAGCGUUGCUAUGGAGGAGGCAGUCGCGCUUGCCAGGACAAAGGCCUCCAAUGGCCCUGGGGCAGAGAGGGAGGAGGAGGAGGAGGAGGAGGGGAAGGAGGAGGGGAAGGGAGCGCUGGUGGUGGUCAAGGAGGAUAUCCAGCUCAGGAAGGAUCGACCGCAGUCUAUGAGUGGACCCCUUCCUGUGAGGUUGGAGGGGAGGGUGAACGAGAGGGUUCUGUACGCGUGGAGGAGAGGGUUCGGGCCAGGGGCGAGGGAGCUGGAGCAGCAGAGAGCUUUUGCGUUCGACUACGAGUGGCCCUCGAGCCACGAGGAGGAGCUUCCGGACGGCAGGAGGAAGGUGAGGAGGAGGACGAGGAGGCUGCGGCCGAAGAAGGACUCGACUCCUCAGAACGGGAUCGAUCGAGGGCUGGUGAGGGUGAGAGGGGAGUGGGAGGGAGGAGGAGGGGAGGCGGUGGGCAGCCGUUGGAUCCGGUAUGAGUCCAUCCCAGAGGACUACCAGACGGACUACGAGGGGACGAACUGGAGGAAGAGGAUGAUGGUGAUAAGGGGAAGCUGGAGCUUCGUGGGCUGCGAGCUGCUGUGCUGCCAGGGUCGAGUGGUGGAGAUGCUGGGAGGGUCGACGUUGGUGGCCCGCCGAUGUAACAUAGGGGGACCAUCGAGAGAUGACAGGUACCACAGCGCCUUUGGCAUCGUAGCUUGCAACAGGUCGACAGUCGUCCUCUCGCACUGUCGAAUCAGCGACGUCAUCUACUCCGCCCUCCUCCUCCUCGGCUCCUCCUCCUCCCUCGUCCAAGACUCCGAGGUCCUCCGCUGCCAGCUCGGAGUCACGCAGGCAGAUUCCUCCGUCCUCCUCCUCAACCGCACAGGCUUCCACAACCACGGUGGUAGCUUCCUCGUCUACAUCCCCCGCUGGGAGGAGAGGAGGGAGGACAGCGAGCUAGCGGCGGUGAUCGAGGUGACGAACUGCCGGGACAGCGGGGAGAGCAGGGAGCCCUGGAAGUCAGAGACCCGCCCUCCCCUCCUCGUCGCCCGCAACAACUCGUUUGACUGCAGGACCAUGCACGAGCUCGAGGAGGAGAGGAUUGCGGAGGAGGUGAAGGCAGCUGAGGGAGAAGGAGUUUCAAGCCUCAGGCAAGCGCAAGGAUGGAGGAAGCUUGAAUCUCGCUGGGACGAGGAUGGGAAUCGAUACAUUCACCUGAGUAUCUCGGACGAGGAGGACGAGGAGGAGGAGGAGGAGGAGGAGGAGGAGGAGGAGGAGGAGGAGGACGAUGCUGAGAGAUCGGAAGCAAGGCGAUUGCUGACCAGGGCUGACUCGGGGAAAGUGCUGAGCUCGCGAUCGGGGAUGAGCAGUAGCGUGCAAGAUGGUGAGGGGCAGGAGGAGGAGAGUUCAAUACGGCAUGAGAGGGCCCGAGAAACAUGGGAGGAUGGGGAAGAGGUGGAAAUGGCUGCAGGAAGAUGGAAAGGAGAGUAG